ACCGUAUCGAAAUGUAUAAAAGUUGUUGGAGAUGAGGAACUAAAGCUUCCUAUAGCAUUCGACGAACUGCACCCUUCACACCUCAUCUGGCAUACUAUCCCUUGUCAAAAUGUUUCGCCCAUUCUUCACCUUCACUUGGUGUUCCGCUAGUAUCGCCUCAGCUCACCCUUUCUAUACCAUGACCUCUUCUUGCUUCUUCUCUCGAAACUCGCAUAUUUUUUUUGAGAGCAUCAAGCGUCACUUCCCUGCCAUCCGUGCUUUUGAUGGUAACUUUGGCUGUGGAGCGUCCGCCAGGUAUGAAGUCUCGGGCGUUCUUGUUAAGGCGAGAUGCGUUGGCGGUAGAAGGUGUUGGUAUUGGCGGUGGGGAGGAUACGGAGGGAGGCGGUUGAGGCGCAUGAGGGGGAUGCGGUGCAGCGUGUGCCAUGGUGGGUAUGCCAGGUAGUUGGGGGGCUGCGGGACGAGGUGACAUGGGAAGGGGUCCAGGUUGAUGGGGAGGAGCGGCUUGAGGGACAAGUUGCUGAUGAG